AUGGCAGCCUCGGGCAUCCACUCUGUCCUCUCGGUCUCCAUGAAUCAGCUUCGUCUGGACGGCACCAAGAUGAACAGCCAGUACGUCCGCCGGGAGGUCUUCUGCCGGGACACCUGUAACGAGCUCAAACGUUUCUGGGAGAGAGAAAUUGGCAAACAGACUUACUACCGAGAAUCAGAGGAAUAUCGUCUCGGACGAAGUGCACUGAGGAAGCUCCGAGAAGAGUGGAGGCAGAGGCUGGAAACGAAGCUGAGGCUGCGGAGUAACCCCGAGGUGACCGCGAAGGGGACGAAAGCUGGCUGA